ACGGUAUCCUGAUGUGCCAGCUGUUAAUAACGAUGGGUUUCAUCUCUCUGUUCAUCUUCCACGGGCCGACACAGCGAUGGGCUCACGCUAAUCCUUGGCUUUUCUGGGUAGCGUUUGCAAUGACGUUUGUGCUGCUGAUCGCGAUGGCGUGCUGCCCCAACGUGCGCCGGACCACGCCCAUGAACUUCAUCUUCCUCGCAAUCUUCACCAUCGCCGAGAGCUUCCUGCUUGGCGUCGUCUCCAGCAUCUAUAAUGUUAAUGAGGUGAUGAUGGCAGUGGGUAUAACAGCAGCCGUGUGUCUUGCACUGACACUGUUCGCGUUCCAGACCAAAUGGGACUUUACUACUAUGGGCGGCAUAUUAGUAGCUGCGUCUGUUGUGCUGCUUGUCUUCGGUCUCAUCACAAUCUUCAUACCGCGGAAUAACAUUGUGACGCUAGUCUACGCUUCACUAGGAGCGCUCCUCUUCUCCUUCUACCUCGUCUAUGACACACAGCUCAUGAUGGGAGGCAAACACAAGUACAGCCUCUCCCCUGAAGAAUAUAUCUUCGCUGCACUCAACCUGUACCUCGAUAUAGUCAACAUCUUCCUUUACAUUCUCACUAUCAUCGGCGCAAGCAGAUAAAGCGCCAUCUCUUGAUUUUUUGUUACUAAACCUGCCCAGUUUUGACAGUUGAUUUUUUAUCUCUUUCUACUUUAAGGUAGAAGGAAAGAGACAAAAAGUUUGAUAAAGACUGUUUCUCUUAGUGUAAGUACUCUAAGUAGUAUUUUACUUGUAAACACAACAAAAGUCGCUUCCUCAGCCUUCAAUGACAAUGGUUCCCAAUUAGUGG